AUGGAGAUAUUCCGAAGACAAAGACUUAAUAGCAAACCUCUCAAAAACAACAAGCCCAAACUGGAGCCAGUGUUGGAGGAGCAGGAUGUGGGUGCAGCCUUGCCUGUUGAUGUCUUAACAUAUGAGGAAAAAACCCUGUCUGCAAUACUAAGAGUUCCCAGCAGUGGCCUUGUCAAGCUGUGGAGUGCUCUAACACUGCUGGGCUCCUACCAGAACAGGAAGUGUGCUUUCAGAGUGAUACAGACCUCUCCAUCUCCUUGCGUUAUCUGGGAACAGCAGAGAACUCCUACUGGAUUGAAUACACCGGAAACGUGGUUGGGCUGUAAGAAGCAGAAGUUGCUCAAGAUGUUGGCACUACUCAGACCUAGAAUUUUUGGUGGGGAUUUCAAAAGAACCAUCCUGACAAAACCAAACAUUGCCAGCUCAUUGCUUAGAUCUCUCUCUCUUCAGCGUUCACAUAUACAGGUUGGAGACAAGGCUGAACUUACUAAAGCCUUCACACAGAAAGAUGUUGUUAGUUUUGCUGACUUAACUGGGGACACAAACCCACUGCAUUUGGAUGAAGACUAUGCAAAGAGAACUAGGUUUGGGAGAACAAUUGUACAUGGAGUUUUGAUCAACGGACUUAUUUCAGCAGUUAUAGGUACUAAAAUGCCUGGCUAUGGUUGUGUGUUUCUUUCUCAGGAAAUUCACUUCCCAGCUCCCUUGUACAUUGGAGAAGAAGUCUUAGCUGCAGCAGAAGUGACGAGACUGAAAAGAUCUGUUGCAUACAUUUCAGUAUCAUGUACUGUUAGGGAAAGUGAAAAGAUUGUUAUGGAAGGGAUAGUGAAAGUCAUGGUGUCAGAAGGUCAGCGCUCGUGACUGCAUGGUGCUUUAUUCUUUAGUAAAAUUCAGAAAUAUGUGGGGGGUUCACAUGUGUGAUACCUCAAACCUUGGUAAGAGGAAGCCUGCAGAAACACUUUGAAGGACACAGCUUGCUGUCAAUUUUGAGAGCUGAUGUGCCUUGUAGGUGAGAGAUGUAAAACAUCACUUUUGAUGGCUUGUAAGGGCACAUGAAGAUCAGUAUGAUCCAUACUUACCUUACAUCUAUUACCAUCGUGUGCAACCAAGCCUGUUCUGUUUCCUAGCUCAACUGUCUGUCACCAGAAUAAACCCCAGUGUUAACUGGAACCUUUUACAAAGAAAUGUUUACUUCACGUAAUGUUCUGGAGUUGGUCAAGAGAUUCCUGUCCCCUGACUAGUAAACAGGGAGCCAAGAUAUUUAUCUCAGAUAAAUAAAUAAAGUAUUCUCUUGGUUCCUUGUUACUAUUGCACAACAUGUGCCACAUUUCACAUUGAAUUUUGAACUCUUGUUCAGUUUGAAGUUCUAGAUAUGGCAAAGGGCCAGAUCUCUCUCUCACCCCUUCUAUGAAUUCAAUGAAGACCAAGGGACUACGUGGGUGAAUAAAGCAAGCAGCAUUGGGUUCAUAUUAACACAUGCACAUGUCAUCCUCUCCCCUGACUUACAAGAAUAAAAAGCUUGUUCUUCAA